GUGUAAGAAUCUGAACCUUUAUUCCUUCCUUCGCAUAACCAUAAAGCGUAACGAACCCUUCGUUCGAUCUUAGAAGUUCUCCGUUCUCCUCUCUCCAUUCCGAUGGCGAAGGAGAACGUUCUCCACCGCGCGACCUCUUCCUCCAGUGACAUAUCAGUCUGUUUGGACACUGACGCCACUUCCGCUCCCGCCUCCGCCGGGCCUGUUCACAGGAAUCCAUCCUAUGCGGAACGGAGCACUCCUGCGCCUACACCUGCACCUGCACCGGUGAACGGUGAUAAUGAUCUUACGAGAGUUAGGAGCAAGGGAAGCAGUGCAGUGGCGCUUGCUAAGUUCCUUGACGCGAAAGUACCCUUCAGGGAAAAGGUGCAAUGGAUAAAACGGGCUUCCGUACUUAAGGCUGAUGGUACAGUUGAAAUUAAAGUUCCAGGAGUAGGAAAUAGUAUUCAUGAGCAUCAUGUUAAAUGUGAUGAACCUCAUGAUGAAUUUUGGGAUGCAAUACACAAUCAGGAUAUUCGAUCUAUCAAGCCACUUCAAAUUGUAAUGCUUAUAGUGGGCACACGGGGAGAUGUCCAGCCAUUUAUUGCCAUGGGAAAGCGUCUACAGGAAGAUGGCCACAGAGUUAGACUAGCUACUCAUAAGAACUUCGAGGAUUUUGUCUUGAAUGCAGGCUUGGAGUUUUACCCUUUGGGUGGAGAUCCUAAAGUUCUUGCCGGUUAUAUGGUCAAGAAUAAAGGCUUUUUGCCAUCAGGACCUUCAGAAAUACACAUACAAAGAAAUCAAAUCAAGGAAAUUAUUAAUUCUUUGCUUCCUGCAUGCCACAGUCGUUACCCAGACUAUAAUGCAACCUUUAAAGCAGAAGCGAUAAUUGCUAAUCCUCCAGCAUACGGGCAUACACAUGUUGCUGAAUAUCUAAAAGUUCCACUUCACGUAUUCUUCACAAUGCCAUGGACGCCUACUAGUGAAUUCCCUCAUCCUCUUUCCCGUGUUAAGCAACCAAUUGGCUACAGACUGUCAUAUCAAAUAGUUGAUGCUUUAAUCUGGCUUGGAAUACGAGACUUGAUAAAUGAGUUUAGGAAGAAAAAGUUGAAGCUAAAGCCUGUUACAUAUCUAAGUGGAUCUUACACUCACCCUUUUGAUGUGCCCCAUGGUUAUAUGUGGAGCCCUCACUUAGUCCCUAAACCAAAAGACUGGGGACCUAAGAUUGACGUUGUUGGAUUUUGUUUCCUUGACCUUGCUUCAACUUUUGACCCACCAAAAUCGCUAGUAGAUUGGCUUGAAGAGGGAGAAAAACCUAUUUAUGUUGGAUUUGGUAGCCUUCCUUUACAAGAACCAGAGAAAAUGACGAAAAUUAUAAUCCAAGCUCUGGAAAAAACAGGACAGAGAGGUGUUAUUAACAGAGGCUGGGGUGGUCUUGGAUCUUUGGCAGAACGAAAGAAAUCUGUGUAUUUGUUGGACAACUGUCCGCAUGAUUGGCUGUUUCCCCGAUGCACUGCUGUGAUACAUCACGGGGGUGCCGGAACAACUGCCGCUGGUCUUAGAGCUGAAUGCCCAACAACCAUUGUGCCAUUCUUUGGGGACCAGCCAUUUUGGGGAGAGCGGGUACAUGCCAGAGGAGUAGGUCCUGCACCCAUCCCGGUGGAUGAGUUUACAUUAGAUAGGCUGGUCGAUGCCAUACACUUUAUGCUGAAACCAGAGGUGAAAAGACGUGCUGUUGAACUUGCUAAUUCCAUGAAAAAUGAAGAUGGGGUGCUAGGAGCGGUUAAAGCUUUCUAUAAACAUUAUCCGGACCAAAAAUCGAGGUGUGAAGAGGCCAAGGCUUUAGCCGCCGUAACUAAACCCAAGCCCAUUCAUAAAUAUUUCUCUUUACGAGGAUGUUUAGGUUGCUCUACAUCUUCUGUGGAUACACAUCGACCAUAAAAAGAGAAAAAAAAAACUACAUAAAGCAAACUCGUCAUGUUUCAUGUUUGUCAUCCAGUGUCCCCGGUGAUUUCGUUGAGCUUCUGCAUAAGCAUUUCUGAAGGGAUUCCAGUAUACUCCAGUCACUGUCAUCAGAUGUUACCUUACAUUUUUUGUUUUACUUUUAGUAAACGGUUGGUAAAGAACCAGUAUUUUGUAGAAUAUAACCAAACAUUUUCUAUAAAUUUAAGUACAAGGAAGUUGCAAAUUUGUUGGCUUA